AUGAAUCGUAAUGAAACUAUUUGGAAAGCUAAGUCGUUUACGGUGCAUAAAGUGGUGACCUUUGCAAAAAAAAUUCUUCAGCAGUGGAGUGAUGCUAAUCAGCCACUACCACAGCCCAUGGUUGGUCCCAACAGAACGGAGAUUGAAAAGUGGAAACCUCCUACUACGGGCUCCUUCAAAUUAAACAUUAAUGCAGCCAUUUUUGAAAAUAAACGGAAGUCUGGGCUUGGCCUUGUGAUUCGAGAUGAUUUGGGGUCAUUCGUUGCUUCCAGAGUUGUUCCAGUUCAAGGUAUUGUUGAUCCAAUUAUCACCGAAACUUUGGGGGUUCGUGAGGCCCUUUCUUGGAUUAAAUCUAAAUUCUUCGGGGUCCAAACCAUUGAAAUGGAUGCUCUCUUGGUUUAUAGCGCUCUACAGAAGGAUGACGUUGACAACUCUUACCUUGGUAUCCUAAUUGAAGAGUGUCGUCUUAUUGCUAAGGAAUUACUGAACCUCAAGUUCAAUUGGGUUAGGAGAUCGGCUAACCAAGUAGCUCACACAUUAGUUAAGGCAGCUAGUUCAUUACAUGAUAUUGUUGAUUGGUCUUAUUUUCCACUUUCUUUUAUUUCAAAUGUACUCCUUGCUGAUUCGAUGAAUGAAUAA